GAGUUGCCUGCCCCGCUUCACCCCACCGUGUGGAUUGGUCGCACGGUCAAUUGGGCGCAACGCAAGGCGCCCCGAACGAAGGUUGGCGGGUUGACUGUUGGCACAUUAAUCGCUUUGGCGAUUCCCGCCUUCUGGGCCGCUGCAGCCUGGUUUACCGCCUGGGGACUUGAGGAAAUUCAUCCGGUGGCAUACCUGGUUGGAGGUGCGGUCUUGCUUAAGACCACCUUUGCUGUCGGAAUGCUCCACCGGGUGGCAGCCGAAACUCGCACCCUUGUAAAUGCCGAUGAUUUGCCCGCCCUUCGCCAGAAUAUGCGGUCUCUGGUCAGCCGCGACGUGUCCACAAUGACGACCGGUCAGGCGAUCGCCGCGACUGUGGAGUCGGUGUCGGAAAAUACCACCGACAGCUUCAUUGGCCCCUGGCUGGCCUUUGCCCUGUUUGGACUGCCCGGGGCUUUCGCAUACCGUGCUAUCAACACCCUUGAUAGUAUGAUAGGCUAUCAUGGCGAGUACGAGUACCUGGGUAAGGUGGCCGCCCGCCUCGACGAUUUAAUCAACCUGGUUCCGGCUCGGCUGACCGGCCUGUUGGUAAUCAUGGGCAGUGCUGUUCUGCCGGAUCAGAGCCCCGGACGGGCCUGGCGCAUCAUGUGGCGCGACCACUCCCGUACUGACAGCCCUAACGCAGGCUGGACCAUGAGCGGCAUGGCCGGCGCGUUAGGCGUUGAACUGGAAAAGGAAGGGCACUACCGGUUGGGUGACUCCGCGCGACCCCUGGAGUCGGCUGACAUCACCCGGGCCGUUCAGUCAAUGUACUGGGUGGCGGGCCUCGGACUAUUUAUUGCCGCAGCCAUUAUUCUAUUGACCUUCGGUAUUCUCCGUUAA